AUGCAUUUCCCGGCCUUCGAGAGGUUUUCCGCCCCGGCGAGGAUCCAGCGGUUGACUGUUUUCGUCAUUAUCACCAUCCUGCUUUUUGUGUUUUUCCAAGGCUCCCUUUUCCCGGACGUGACAGUACCCAGCUUGCACAAGAAUUCGUAUGAUUCUGCUCGCUCGGAAUAUUACCUACAAUGGGGCCCCUUCGAACCGAUGAAUAUCCCUGGCUUUGUCAACACAGGCUUGCCGGGCAAGAGGUCUUGCGACACUCUCAAGUACAACUCGACGGUGGGCGUGCAAAAGAGCUUCUUCCUUACCGACGACAUCAAGCAGAUUGCCAUCACGCUUGACUCCCACCCGAUCGUCGACUACCCGGACGACAUGAUGAACGACCCGAACCUGAAAGUGACCGACAUUGUGGAGAGAACGUGGGCACGACUGUCGGGCUCGAGUGUGUGGAUGCCCGAACACAACGUUUAUUUGUCAGUGACGCGAGUCAUCUUCUGCCCGAGUCGAACGCGGUCAGUGCCCAAGAUGAGUUUUCUUCGAGGCCAACUGUUCAACGCGGAUUGGGAACAUCUGGACAACUACAACUUGACCUGGGCCGGCAAGCAAUUCACUUUCCCCUUGGUCUUCGACAUCCCAGCCAAUUGGGACCCGGACGGUAGCUUGUACGGACCGGAGGAUCCUCGUAUUAUUCUGGAAGAUGGCGUCGACGGCGCCGAGCCGGUCAUCAUCUUCAACAUGAUCGGGAAACCAUCGGACUGGAAGCGCGCCAUGUACAUUUUCCGCCCCUUCACCAACUACUCGACCCUCCUGACCAUCCGAAACACCGAGCGCCAAUGGACGGAGAAAAAUUGGGCGCCAUUCUUCGUUCCCCAGUACCAGCAGGCGACGCCAAGCAGAGUUCACCUGCCCGGCAGCGAGCCAGUCCGGAUUGCAAACGAAUACAUCCAUUUCCUGUACAGCUUCAAACCUUUGAAGAUCCUCAAGUGCCAUUUGCGUUGCGGAGACUGCGAGAUUGUCUACGAGCAAAACAUCCCCGAAGGUUUCUUGACCCAACAUCACGAAGAUGGCGGCAGCCUGCGAGGUGGCACCAACUUUGUUCCGGUUCCUCUUCCAGCCAGCAUGCACGUGGACCCGAAGGUGCGGGUAUAUGCUGCCUUCCCGCGUACCAACAUUGAAAGACAUUGUGAUGGCAGCUUCUACCGACCGGAGUUUGUGGUUAUGAUCCUGAUUGAAGAUCAAUUCCAUCUUGCAUUCGCCAGCGAGUCGCUCGAUUUCGGCAACGCCAUUAUCGAGCUAGGUCCGGAAGAUGACCGAUGUGGCAAUGGCCGCAUUCUUAUUCCCAACAGCAUUGCUCAGUGGGACACCAGCGACGGGCAGGAUGUCAUGAGCGUCACGUUCAGCGUCAACGACGAGACCGUCCAGGUCGCUCGUGUGCAGGGACUGCUCAAAUUCGUGCGCAACCUACCUCAAUUCAAGACUUUAUUGAAGAAGGGUGGUCCGUUGAGGGAUGACAAUUCGGAAUUGAUGAAUAUGUUGACGUCCUGGGUGGGCGACGAUGUUCGUGGAUGCCUAGUCGAGGCAGCGCUCAACUACACCGAGGCCCAGCAGGAGAUCACUCAUCCCAAAGAACACAAGGAUGAGUUCGACGAGAGCAAGGAAUUGCUAAGAAAGAUCCAUCAAGAGGAGACCGGGGAAGAUUUGCCCGAGGUUGUCCCACCCCCAGAGGAGGGUGGAGAAGGAGAGGAGCCAGAGGAAGGAAAGGACCUCCUUGAGCCCAUCAAUGCCGGUGAAAAUGAAGGCAUCCCUGACCUCGAGCAUCCUGCAGACCAACCAGGUGAUUUUACGGGCGAUGACGAAGGAGAAGAGAGAAAAAAGGUCGAGGAGCCGGAGCCGGCCCCAAUCGACCCUGAGAAGAAACCCAAAAAGGGCAAAACCAGUCUCAAGUCCAAAGUGAUAAUGGAAGAAAGCUUUUUCGCAGACGAAGGGCAGACUGGGGACGACGACCAGGAGAAAGAAAAGGAGAAAGAGCCGAAACGGGACAACGAGAGUGCCAGCGAAGAGAAGACCCCUGCCAAACGACACCUGGGUCGCUAUCGAUAUCAAAACGGCGGAUUUGGAGCUUGA